ACCACUUCAACACAAUUUCAGAGAUGCAACAGUGAGUGGACAAUGAGUGACAUGUCCUUCAAAGUUUUCAAUGAGCUGCGACUGGAGGGCAAACUCUGUGAUGUGGUCAUCAAAGUCGACGGUAUUGCAUUCAACGCCCACAAGAACAUCCUGUGUGGCUGUAGUCCCUAUUUCCGCACUCUUUUCACCAGUGACUGGAACAGCACAGAAAAGCGGGUGUUCAAUAUCCCUGGUGUGUCACCAGAGAUGAUGAAACUGAUUAUUGAGUAUGCCUACACCGGCUCCCUGCGAGUCACAGUGGAAAACGUGGAACACUUAAUGGUGGCCGCCGACCAGUUCUGUGUCACAGGCAUCACCCGCGCUUGCUGUGAUUUUUUGGAGGCCCAGCUCUGCCCCGAGAACUGCAUUGGCAUCUGGAAGUUUGCAGACUUCUACUUCUGCCCUGAACUGCGACAGCGUGCCUACCAAUUCAUUCUGCACCACUUUGAGGAGAUUGGGUACACGUCUGAAGAGUUCCUAGAGCUUACAUUGUCCCAACUGUGUGACAUCAUCGAGAAGGAUGACCUGAAUGUUGAGCAGGAGGAAGUGGUGUUUGACACCAUCCUGCGAUGGAUUGCCCAUGCUCAAGCUACCCGGAGAUCUUCCAUCUCUGUGCUUUUGCGAAAGGUGCGGAUGGCUCUGAUGAGUGCUGACUACUUCAUGAACAAAGUGAAGAAAAACUCACUAGUAAAGGACUGCGAUGAGUGCAAGCCCAUUAUCAUAAAUGCCCUGAGGGCCAUGUAUGACCUCGACAUGAACAAGUCUUCCAGCUCCCAAAUCUGUAACCCAAUGGUUCGUCUUCGCCUGCCCUACACCAUCCUGCUGUCAAUUGGGGGUUGGAGCAGUAAUGGUCCCACUAACACUACUGAGGCUUAUGACACGCGAGCAGACCGCUGGGUCAAUGUGACAUUGGAGGAGAGUCCCAGGCUGGCUUACCACGGUGUUGCCACCUUGAACGGAUUUGUUUACUGUGUGGGAGGCUAUGACAAUGUCAACUACUUCAGCAACGUGCGCAAGUUCAAUCCUGUCACAUGCACCUGGCACCAGGUGGCACCAAUGCACUCGCGACGCUGUUAUGUGAGUGUUGCUGUGUUGGAUGGCCUCAUCUAUGCCAUGGGCGGCUUUGAUGGCUAUGUGCGCCACAGCUCGGCCGAGCAAUAUGAGCCUGAGAGCAACCAGUGGACCCUGAUUUCACCGAUGAACAUGCAGAGAAGUGAUGCAAGUGCCACCACACUGCAUGGCAAGGUGUACAUCUGUGGAGGCUUCAAUGGGAGUGAAUAUCUGCUCAGCGCAGAGUGCUUCUGCCCGCAGACCAACCAGUGGACCAUGAUUGCACCAAUGAGAACCCGUCGCAGCGGGUUGGGGGUCACUGCGUAUGAUGACCAGGUCUAUGUGGUGGGUGGUUAUGAUGGGACCAACCGGUUACGAAGUGCAGAGGUGUAUGACCCCCUGACAAACAGCUGGCGCUAUGCACCGCCCAUGUUCAACCCCCGCAGUAACUUUGGCAUCGAGGUGGUGGAGGGCCAGAUGUUUGUGAUGGGCGGCUUCAAUGGCUUCACAGUUACCGUCAAUGUGGAGUGCUACAAUGAAAGGGACGACAAGUGGUAUGACGUCCAGGACAUGAGUGUCUCCCGCAGUGCCCUCAGCUGCUGUGUGGUGUCUGGUCUGCCCAAUGUGACCCAGUACACCACCCCCCGGGACUCCCAGCAGGCCCAUCAUGGAGAUCGCCCAUCCGCCUCGAACAGCUCGCCCUCUGCGUGA